GCGCGCAGGCGCGGGUGCGUCUCGUGCGCAUGCUCGCUGGCGGGUCGGCGGGGAGGAGGGGAGGGGAGGGCCGGCGGGCCUGGGUCUCUCGCGGGGCUCUCAGCCAUGCUCUGAACUGCAUCAGAAAUUUGUCCUGAUGGUUAAAAGAUUAAGCUUGAGCCUUCUAGUUUGGUUUGGGGAAGUUGAAUUCACAGUUGAAGGCAAGGAAGCCCAGAAUUUACAGAAAUCAUCUAUGCAGUAAAGAGAACCAACAAACAGAAAUUAUGAGUAGAAGACCUCAAGUCCACAUUUUUUGGGGUGCUCCAGUUGUUCCAUUGAAUAUGACAAUAUCUGAGGGAACAACUUCCUCAAAGCUCACUGAUGCCCCCUGGAAGGAAAUGCAGCUUUUGUACAAUCAAGAUUCUUUCCAUCUGAGUGAAAAUCAUGAGCUCCGAGAUCUAAGAGAUAGUCAGAUCCCAGAAGCUGGGGGUCUUCCAAGCCUUCUUAGUGGCCAUCUUUUAGAGACCUCUGUGUGUAGACCUGUUCUGUGGAAAGAAGACUGCAUACAUUCCACACAGAAUAAAAAAUCCCAGAAGAGUCCCUCCUCAGGCCCAAGUAAAAAGGCAUGUGGAUUUAAAAGCAUGGUUCAGCAGUUACCUGAAAAAGAAAUGUUUCAAGAGCUUCACUGUGAAAGUAAGAACGUUUUAGGUGAGCAGCCCAAAAAUCAGUCAAAUAUAUGUGGUCAGAACUUCCAAACUAAUUCCUUUCCAUUAAAUCAUAAAUGUGCAGCCAUGUUGGAUUUGGCCUAUGGUUCUGAACAGAUUAACUUAGAGCCAGAAAGUACAGAAACAAAGAAGGUGCCAACAGAACAUGAUGAACUACAAAACCAGCUUGGCACAAGAGAAGAACCAUGGUCUGAAGGCACAGUGAGGAAAGCCUCCAGUCCAGGUGUAACCCCUGACACGGAGUUUCUCAGUAUAUUGACCUCCAGCCAAGUUGCUUUCUUAGCUCAAAGGAAGGAUAAAGGGAAGGAGAUUAUAAAUAAAAGCAUCAUAAAUAUGCAGGGAAAACCAAAGACAGUUCCUGGGGAUGUAGGAACAACUAUAACUCAUCUGAUUCAGCCAAAUGGUUUUGCAGAGGCAUGUGAAACUGGGCAGAACCAAGCCUGUGCUCGAGAACUUCUGAACCAUGUUUGUCCUGAAACAAAAAGUAGCCACAUUCACAUCAAUCCUGCAAAAGGUCUUGAAGAAAAUUCAGGAUAUGAAGAACUUUUCAGUUCUCACAAUGAGCUGCGAUUGAAUGCGAUACAUAUUGAGCCGUGUAGCUCAGGAAUCCUGUGUUCCCAACUAAAUGCUUCCCCUCAAACUGCCGUUGAACGAAGCUGGACUUCUGAAGACAAAUUGGACCACCCUAAUGCUCUGUCUAAAGUCCUCCCAGUGCCUAAGAAACGGAAGUUAGGUUCUAAUGCAAGAGAGGCAGCUGGAACAGUGUGUCAGAGGAAUGUGUCUGUAUUUAAGAAUGUUAAAAAAAUAUCCUUAAUCAAAAAUUGUGAUUCUAAAAGUCAGAUGUAUAAUUGUUUAGUUAUGGUGCUAGCUCCAUGUCAUGUGAAAGAAAUAAAUAUAAAAUCCGGACCAAAUUCUGGUUCAAAAGUGCCUUUGUCGACAAUUAUAGUAAUUGACCAAUCACAAAUGAAGAAGAGGGUUGCACUAUGGAGGACUGCAGCAUUUUGGGCACUUACGGUGUUUCUCGGAGAUAUAAUUUUACUUACAGAUGUUACUGUUCAUGAGGAUCAGUGGGUUGGCGAGACAGUACUCCAAUCAACAUUUACCAGUCAGUUAUUAAAUCUUGGGAAUUACUCAUCUCUCCAGCCUGAAAAAUAUUUCAGUAUAGUUGGCAGUGUUGUGCUUCAGGACCUACUGGCAUAUGUGAGUUCACAGCACUCCUAUCUCAGAGAUCUUCCUCCUAGGCGACCUCAGAGUAUGAACACUGUAGAGUUUGUAGAAUUGGAACAGCUGCAGCCCAAUGUCCUGGUCCAUGCCCUACUAAGAGUGGUCAAUGUUACCAUACUGACAGAGGCAUUGUACACUUACAGAGGACAGAAGCAAAAGAAAAUUGUAUUAACAGUGGAACAGGCCCAAGGGCAACAUUACAUGCUUGUGCUAUGGGGCUCUGGAGCAGCCUGGUGCCCUCAACUUCAAAGGAAAAAAGAUUACAUUUGGGAAUUUAAGAAUCUUUUUGUUCAGCGCAAUUGCAUAGGAGAAAACCUCGAACUGCAUACAACGCCAUGGUCAGCCUGUGAAUGCCUGUUUGAUGAUGACAGAAGGGCUGUUACAUUCAGAGAAAAAUUUCAGAAAAGUAUACCUUCCUUGGUCAAGAUGUCAGAUUUGGAGACCCACCUAAAGGAUAAAUGUUCAGGUGUAGUUCUGAUUAGAGCCCGGAUUUUAGAGCUAGUAUUUCUUAUUCCAAUGGCUCAGAAGAUAGUCCUAAAUGCUCACAGUUCGUUGGAGAAUAUUUUUUCCUCUCUUCCCAACAUUGUAUUUACUGGCUGUGCAAAAUGUGGAUUGGAACUAGAAACAGAUGAGAACAGGAUCUAUAGACAAUGUCUUAACUGCUUGCCCUUUGUUGGGAAGAAAACAUACUAUCGGCCAGCUCUAAUGACUGUGGUCGAUGGAAGAGACAGUGUUUGCAUCCAUGUAGGAUCAAAGCUGAUGGAGAAGAUUCUUCUCAACAUCUCUCCGGACUGUCUCUGCAGAGUGAUAGUGCCUUCUGCCACUGUCACCUUCGGGAUGGUCUCUGCAGACCUGCUCCAUGCCCUGCUGGCUGUCCACGCUGAUCCCUGCCUGCUGAAGAUCCAGAGCCUCUUUUUGUCUGAUGAAAACAGCUUCCCACUGCAACAGGACUUCUGCCUGCUGGACUUCUGUCCUGACCCAUGUAAGGCAUGGAGCCUUGGCCCAGCCUGAGGCCAGAGGAGACAUGUGCAGGCCCUCCAAGGAAAAAGCACUGAAAUGAUGUCUCUUUUGAAGUAAAUGAGUAACAUGAUUUUCCUCUGAGAUUUAAAAUGAUUCAAAUAAAUGAAUUUAAAAUGUAUUUAUUAGCUGGGCACUGGUGGCUUAUGUCUGUAAUCCUAGCAACUCACGAGGCUGAGAUCUGAAGAUCACAGUUCAAAGCCAGCCCAGGCAGG